AUGGAAGGUAUUAACCAGCGCAGCAGGUCUGUCGCGGCAGCGGAAGAGGACGGUGCGGCGGAUCAGAUUGGUUACGAAUCGCCGCGCUCUGGCAUUGCGACUCCGCAGCCAGACCUUCAAGAUCGACGGCUGCCGGGCAUCAUGAGCUACUUCAACCAGAGCGGUGCCAACACCCCAACUCGUGCACUCUCAUCUACCCAACAUUCGCGCUCCAGCGAUGGGCAUGACAGUAACUCUAGGCACAACGGCGAGAGCAUUGAUCGGACUGCGACCAACACACCAACACCUCAGGGCGCCCGAGUACCAGCCCCAAGAGGAAAAUUGGCCGUCAAGAUUUCCGAAGCCAGAGGGCUAAAGCGAUGUCAAAACCCUUAUGUCGUUGUUGUUUUCCAGCGAAGCGAGCUCAUCUCGGCCGGCCCUCGACCUUCGGAGAUGGACGACGAUGCCGCCAUUGCCGCUGUGGCCAUGGGCGGAGUGCCGAUUCAGCGCACAGGGAGCGAUUCUGGCAGGCCAAUGGCGAUUCCAAUGCGAAGCAGACAGAGCAGCAACACCAGUCUUUCCGAUUUCAACACUUUCCGCAACCGCACCUCUGGGUCGCGGCGGUCCUUGACCAACCCAAAGUGGGACGCGGAAGCCAUCUUCGAUGUUAUUGACUCGGACAUGCUUGUGGACAUUUCGGUUUACGGGCAAGGACAAAAUGGGGAGGAGUUCUUGGGUCAUGUCGAUUUCGAGGCCAAGUCGUCUGAGAGGGAGGGACCGGUCCGUGGUUGGUUCCCACUGAAAGGACAUGCCGACACAAUGGCCGAAAAUGCGCCGACGGGCGAGAUUUACGUCGAGGCGUUUUACCAGCGAGCGGAGCCGAAGCAUUAUGGACCCGAAGACUUUCAGAUUCUGCGACUUAUCGGCAAGGGCACGUUCGGUCAGGUAUAUCAGGUUCGCAAGAAGGAUACCAAGCGCAUUUACGCCAUGAAGGUCUUGUCGAAGAAGGUGAUUGUGCAGAAGAAGGAGGUGGCGCAUACUGUUGGCGAGCGCAACAUUCUGGUACGGACAGCGAUGGCCGAUUCCCCAUUUAUUGUGGGCCUCAAGUUCUCCUUCCAGACUCCUUCUGAUCUCUACCUGGUCACGGAUUACAUGUCGGGUGGAGAGCUCUUUUGGCAUUUGCAAAAGGAUGGCAAGUUUGAGGAGAAGCGCGCCAAGUUCUACAUUGCGGAGCUGAUUCUCGCGAUUCAACAUCUCCAUAAGAACGACAUUGUUUAUCGCGAUUUGAAGCCCGAAAACAUUUUGCUGGAUGCGAACGGCCACAUUGCGCUCUGCGAUUUCGGUCUUUCCAAGGCCAACCUCACUAAGAACGACACCACCAACACAUUCUGCGGCACAACGGAAUAUCUCGCCCCAGAAGUGCUCUUGGACGAGACGGGUUACACCAAGAUGGUUGACUUCUGGUCUUUGGGCGUCCUGGUUUUCGAAAUGUGUUGCGGGUGGAGCCCAUUCUACGCCGAGGAGACGCAACAAAUGUACAAGAACAUUGCUUUUGGCAAGGUUCGAUUCCCUCGGGAUACUUUGUCGUUGGAAGGCCGGAAUUUUGUCAAGGGGCUGCUGAAUCGCAACCCGAAGCAUCGUCUCGGCGCGACUGACGAUGCCGAAGAGCUGAAGAGACACGCGUUCUUUGCCGACAUUGACUGGGAUGCUCUUUCUAAGAAGUUGAUCACCCCUCCAUUUAAGCCGCAACUCAAGAACGACACCGAUGUCUCCUACUUCGACCCCGAGUUCACCAACGCUCUCAACACCAACGGGUCACUCAACGAGCGGGCGGCCGCCCUGGCCAAGGGAUACGCGACAUCGACUCCCCUCUCACCAUCAGUACAGGCCAAUUUCCAGGGAUUCACGUUUGUGGAUGAGAGCGCGCUUGACGACCACAUGGGGAACAGGUACAGCAAGUACGAGGACGAGGACAUGGAUGAUGAUCACGACCGGAGGAGGGAUGAUGACUGGGACGACAUGCGCGAUGUCGAUCCCCGGAAUUCAAAUCGCAUGAGUGGAAUCGUCAGGACCAACACUCACGAUGAGCAGAUGUUUGGUGCAUCAAACUUCGACAUGUAG